AUGGCAACCGUUCGGAUUUGCGUCUGCGGAGACGAAGGGACUGGCAAGUCUAGCCUGAUCACCUCUCUUGUCAAAGGUGUCUUCGUUACAAACAAGAUCCAGCCAGUCCUCCCUCAAAUCACAAUACCUCCUACCCUCGGAACCCCUGAGAAUGUCACCACUACAACCGUUGUCGAUACGUCUGCCAUACCCCAGGAACGAAACAAUCUCGCGCGGGAGAUUCGCAAGUCAAACGUCAUCCUCCUGGUAUACUCAGACCACUACAGCUACGAGCGAGUAGCUUUGUUCUGGUUGCCAUAUUUCCGUUCAUUGGGCGUCAACGUCCCCGUGAUACUAUGCGCAAACAAAUCCGAUCUCGGCACGGGUCACACCCAGGUAGUCGAGGAGGAGAUGCUCCCAUUGAUGGCAGAGUUUAAAGAGAUUGACUCGUGUAUUCGGACCAGCGCACGGGAACAUCGCAACGUGAACGAAGCAUUCUUCGUCUGCCAGAAGGCCGUAACCCACCCAAUCGCACCUUUGUUCGACUCCAAGGAAUCAGCUCUCAAACCGGCAGCAGUGGCAGCUCUCCAACGAAUUUUCUAUCUUUGCGAUAAAGACCGAGAUGGCUAUCUCUCAGACAAAGAGAUCAAAGAUUUCCAAAAUCGAUGCUUCGGAAAGCCCCUGAAUGAAGAGGACCUCCUUCACAUCAAGGAAACCAUACAGAAGACCUUCCCAGAAUCAGUGACAGAUUCGGGCAUCGAUUGUCAAGGCUUCAUUCACCUCAACAAGCUUUAUGCAGAGAAGGGACGCCAUGAAACAGUUUGGAUCAUCUUGCGCGCGUUCCAGUACACGGACAAUCUUUCUCUCCAGGAGAGAUUCUUGCAUCCCAAAUUUGAAGUUCCACCUUUCGCUUCUGCAGAACUAUCCCCAGAAGGCUAUCGCUUUUUCGUCAACUUGUUUUUGUUGUCUGACAAGGACAAUGAUGGGGGCUUGAAUGAGACCGAGCUUGCAUCAUUGUUUGCCCCUACCCCUGGCUUGCCUGCAUCUUGGGCCGACGGUUCAUUCCCAUCGUCUACGGUCCGAAACGAAGCAGGAGAUGUGACUUUACAGGGCUGGCUUGCCCAGUGGAGUAUGACAACUUUCCUCUCCCCAAAGACCACCCUGGAGUAUCUGGCAUACCUAGGCUUUGAGCCAUCCGACCAAAGUGAUCAAUCGAUCACGGCGGCUUUGAAAGUCACACGGCCACGCAAGAGGCGCCGGCGCCCUGGUCGUGUUGGGCGAAAUGUCGUCCAGUGCCACGUUCUAGGAGCACCCGGUUCCGGCAAAUCGGCUCUGCUCGAUGCGCUCCUCUCGCGCGGUUUCAACGGACUUUAUCAUCCUACCAUUCAACCCCGAACUGCCGUCAACACAGUUGAACUUCCUGGGGGGAAGCAAUGCUAUCUGAUUCUGGAUGAACUUGGUGAAUUGGAGCCUGCUCUCCUUGAAAACCAAGCGAAGUUACUUGAUCAAUGCGACGUUAUUGCAUACACAUACGACUCCUCGGACCCGGACUCCUUUGCUUACAUCCCGGCCUUGUGGGCGAAAUAUCCCCACUUGGAAGAGCUGCCGAGCGUCUUUGUUGCCCUCAAGGCUGAUUUGGAUCGGACCACCCAGCGGGCGGAGCACCAGCCCCAUGAAUACACGGCCAUGCUGAACAUGCCCAGCCCGCCUCUUCACGUAAGUGUGACUUGGAGCUCCAUACAAGAAGUGUUUGUCCAUAUCGCAGAGGCUGCCAUGGAACCCAGCACUGCUUUUCCACGGAGCGAGGAGGACGUGGAAGGUAAAUGGAUGUCGUGGGGGAUUGCCCUCGGUGCAGUAGUCUGCGCUGGUGCCGCGGCGAUUAUGAUAUGGCGGCGCACCGGAAAUUAG